CGGUUGAGAAAAAUAAAAGAGAAAAAAUCUGGGAAGAGAGAGAGAGGGAGAGGAGAGAGAGAGAGAGAGAGAGGCGAGAUUCGAAUGGCAGAUCACAGUGAGAAUUCGAAUCCCAAAAUCAAAAUGGCACCGCCUCCGUUGGACCGUCCCGUCCGAGUAUACGCCGAUGGCAUCUACGAUCUCUUCCACUUUGGCCACGCUGGUUCUCUCGAGCAAGCCAAAAAAUCAUUUCCAAAUACAUACUUGCUUGUUGGCUGCUGCAACGAUGAAGUCACUCACAAAUACAAAGGCAAAACUGUUAUGACUGAGGCUGAAAGAUACGAAUCCCUUCGCCACUGCAAGUGGGUCGACGAAGUGAUUCCUGAUGCCCCGUGGGUUAUCAAUCAAGAGUUUCUUGACAAGCACCGCAUUGACUAUGUGGCUCACGACGCUCUUCCUUAUGCUGAUACCAGUGGUGCUGCCAAUGAUGUUUAUGAAUUUGUUAAAGCUGUUGGGAAGUUUAAGGAAACACAAAGGACUGAUGGAAUCUCUACAUCAGAUAUUAUAAUGAGAAUUGUUAAAGAUUACAACCAGUAUGUGUUGCGCAACUUGGAUCGCGGCUACUCCAGAAAAGAGCUUGGCGUCAGCUAUGUCAAGGAAAAGCGACUGAGGGUGAAUAGAAGGUUGAAAACAUUACAUGAGAAAGUUAAGGAGCAACAAGAAAAGGUUGGUGAAAAGAUCCAAAUUGUUGCCAAGACUGCUGGUAUGCACCGGAAUGAAUGGGUUGAAAAUGCUGAUAGAUGGGUUGCUGGAUUUCUGGAAAUGUUUGAAGAAGGUUGCCAUAAGAUGGGAACGUCAAUUAUAGAUCGAAUUCAGGAGCGGUUACGAGGUCAGCAACCAAGAGAUGACUUUCUUCCGGGAAAUGGCAAGGAUGAUAAGGAUGUUGUUGAUGAGGAUGAGGAUGAUGAGUAUUAUUAUUAUGAGGGAGAUGAUAGUGAUGAGCAAUAUUUUGAAGAAAAUGAUGAUGAUGAUGAUGAUGAUGAUGAUGAUGAUGAUGAUGAGCUUCAUGCCCAGAAUAAUGGGAAAGAUGACAACAAAAAGUAGUUAUACUUGGUUGGGAGCUGUUGGGAUCUCGGCAGAAUGUCGAAAAGCAACUGUCCUUGGAUUUCUGUAAUAUUAUAUGCAAUAUCUUGGAUACCGGAACAUGCUUUUGGAGUUGCAGAAGGGAACUUUCGUUUUGCCGGUGUGGUCAAAAUUCUGCAUGUGGAUUCUGCUGGUAUACAUGAAAGUGUUGUUUGUGGCUUUGUGCAUAUGCUUGGUAAGAAGAACUGCCCUGAACUUGUGUUUGUCAUUAGUCAUGUCAGUGACUUAGUUUUCCAUGGGGCAAAUAUUUUCUCCUUUUUAUUCAUUUACCACCUUUAGGCUCUAAAUCUUCAAUAUCACUUACUUCUCUGGAGUUCGCUUUCAAGUAUAUCAUCAAAAUCACUCGAGUGAGAGUUCAUGCACUCCCUUGGUGCCCAUAUUACUUAAGUACGCUUAAAAAUGUGUUAUUGUAGUGCCGGUAGUAAAUUUGAUUGCUGUACGAUUACAAUUUAACAGAGUGAAUUUCUAUGGCAAUUGUUUGGCAGAA